CACCCUUUAGAGCCAGAGGCUGCCAAGCAGCUUCCCUGGUCUCCGUCCAACCUGAAACUCAUCUCCAGCUUGGGCAGCAGUGGGGGAAUUUGGGCCUCUUUUAGUGGAAGGAUUGUGUCAAGGGUCGUGGGUUCUAGGGUGAGCCAGGGCUUUGGGGUCACAAGGGAAGCUCUGUCCGUGGAUUUCUCUACGCCGUGCCCCACCCCUACCUGUUCCCCUGUCCCCUUCCUGAUGGAGUCGUGGGUGGAUUCGGAGGGAGGCCAGGAGGGACACAAAAGAAACGGUGAUGUUUGUGAAGAGCAGGGGUGACUUUCUCCCCUCCAGGCUCCCAGCUCAGUCCAGGCGGCCUUGAGGGGAGAGCCCAGUGGCCACGUCCUUGCUGUCCCUGACAAUGGCAGUGGCCUGUGGGCAUGAUUAUUAUUCACGUGGUGAUAAUCCUCAACAAAUCCUGAACAGUCCACGAGGCCUCUUCUCCAUGCAGGACAAACCCUUUCUGGCCCUUUCCUUCCUUCCUUUUGCCCCUUGGUGUCCCAGCGCGCCCUCCCCACCCGUGUGCAGGGAGCAGACACUCAAAGUAGGAGCCGCGGCCCCGCGAGGUCUGUGGGGAAGAUGGAGGGGCCGGCAGCAGGGAGUGUGGCCGGGCGCCGCCUUCCCAGCCACACGCCACAAACACUAUGGCAACCUGGAUCCCAUUUCUCUCCCUUGAAGCCGCAGUGAUUAUAUAAUUCACAGAGCAGUUUUGCCUACUUUCCUGGAUGCGGUUCUCAGGUGUAAGAGCCCCAGGAUCCCUGCCUCCCCUCCAUCUCCCCACCCUGUCGUUGGCAUGGCUGGGGUCUUCCUGGGGCAGGAGGGGAGGAGGGUGACGGAGGUGGGUGCGCAGACCUGGAGAAGCAGGGACGUCUGCCGGAAAGGGGUUGCUGUGGCUUCAUAACUAACGGGGCGAUGAAACGUACCCAGGGGUAGGGUUUCAGGAGCAGAGAGGGAAGAGGGAGCAUUGCGCCGGGUGGUGACGGCGGAGUGCAAGGCUGGAGAAGUUGCCCGGGGCGGGGGUUACAUCUUCCUCUUCCCAACAGACUCGAGUAGCUCAAUGCAAGGCCUUUUGCCCCAGUUUUGCAGUGGUGUGUGUGUGUGUGUGUGUGUGUUGGGGGUCGGGGUGUGGACACGGGGGUCAGCACGUUGGAACAGCCCGCAGGUUCCCUGAGGGCUGGCCCCCCACCCUGGGUUCAGGCAGCGAGGGGCUCGUGAGCCUCCCCUCACCUCCAGCGCCCCAUCUGCUCUGGUCCCACACCAGCCUCCCACUUUUCAGGGCUGAUUUUCCAUUGCAGCCUCCAGCUAGCAAAUGAGUUUCUUAAUAGUCAACCAUUUAACAAAUAAAACAUCAGAACGUCCCUUAUCUGCUGGAGACAAGGCAGAGGGGGAAGCGCGUUCUGGGAGUGGAAGACACAUUGUGCUUUUCUUUUCAGAGCACUGCUUAGCGAUGCAGCAGAACGGUUAUUAUCAUCAUAGGAAAGUAAUAAUAGUCAUGAUCAGUGGUCAGAGAGCGCUGUUAAUGCACCUCAGCUUGCACAGGUUGAAGAAGGCACGACAUUAGCUGCUUCUUCUUGGAUUCUGCAUGGAGGAACCCAGAGAAAAAGGGCUCUUGGGGUUCCAGAUACUGUUCCUAAUACUAUUCACAUACUUUCCAGGGUAUCAGAGUACUAUACAAUAGAAUAUAUUACAAGAAUCAAUUGUUCCUUAUUUCCAUGGAGCACAUGCUAACAGUAUUUAAAUGUGCACACACACACACUGAAUAAGGAAAAGCUAUUUUAAAUAGAUUGCACAAGAGCCUAGAGCCCUUUGGGGACCUGGUGCGUAGCAGACAGGAAUACUGGUGAUGCAGCCCUGACACCGUUUCACAUUGGUGCCUCGCCUUGGGUGAAUGGUUCUCUACAGGUAGAUGCUACAGGUACAGUAGAUGGUGAGCCGUUGGCCCCUGAGUCUCGGGGAUGACUUGGGACUCUUCCUUCUGUUUUCUCUGUGAUUUAAAACUGCCCGAGGUGGGUUCUUCUGGGUGUAAGACAGAUGCAAAAGGAGACGCAGGGACGUCCUGGGUGGGGGUCUGAGGCCCUGCUGGUCUUUGCAUCCGCACCUCCUAGCACGGGCCUUGACGCUUGACGGAUGAAUGCAGCCCCCAGACCAGAGGGGGUGUGCUUUCUGCCUCUUCCAGGAGGUGGCGCCCCAGGGCUUGGGAGUCAGGAGGGGCACCUGCGGGGCUGGGCAAGGUGGCCGAGGCUCCGCAGGGCACUUCUUGCGGCUGUGCCUCGGUCUGCGUGCCUGCCCCAGGGCGGAGGCCUCCGAAGACCAGAGUGCCCGCCGCACGCACACCAGGGGCCCCCAGCACGACCUGCCCUCGCCGACCUCUCACCCUCUCUCCGGUCCCAGCUAUGGGAGCCCACGCCCGGCUCAUGCCAACAUGAAUGCCAACGCGGCCGCGGGGCUGGCACCUGAGCACAUCCCCACACCGGGGGCCGCCCUGUCCUGGCAGGCAGCCAUUGACGCGGCCCGGCAGGCCAAGCUGAUGGGCAGCGCUGGCAACGCCACCAUCUCCACGGUCAGCUCCACGCAGCGGAAGCGGCAGCAGUACGGGAAGCCCAAGAAACAGGGCAGCACGAUGGCCACCCGCCCGCCCCGUGCCCUGCUCUGCCUGACCCUCAGGAACCCCGUCCGGAGGGCGUGCAUCAGCAUCGUCGAGUGGAAGCCAUUUGAAAUCAUUAUUUUACUGACUAUUUUUGCCAACUGUGUGGCCCUAGCGAUCUAUAUUCCCUUUCCAGAGGACGACUCCAACGCCACCAACUCCAACCUGGAACGGGUGGAGUAUCUCUUUCUCAUCAUUUUUACUGUGGAAGCAUUUUUAAAAGUCAUAGCCUAUGGGCUGCUCUUUCACCCCAAUGCUUACCUCCGCAACGGCUGGAACUUGCUGGAUUUUAUCAUUGUGGUUGUCGGGCUUUUCAGUGCAAUCUUAGAGCAAGCCACCAAAGCCGACGGGGCCAACGCCCUGGGAGGGAAGGGGGCUGGAUUCGACGUGAAGGCGCUCAGGGCGUUCCGCGUGCUGCGGCCCCUGCGGCUGGUGUCCGGGGUCCCGAGUCUCCAGGUGGUUCUGAACUCCAUCAUCAAGGCCAUGGUACCCCUGCUGCACAUCGCCCUGCUUGUGCUCUUUGUUAUUAUCAUCUACGCCAUCAUCGGGCUGGAGCUCUUCAUGGGGAAAAUGCACAAGACCUGCUACAACCAGGAGGGCAUCGCAGAUGUCCCAGCAGAAGACGACCCCUCCCCCUGUGCCCUGGAGACGGGCCACGGGCGGCAGUGCCAGAAUGGCACGGUGUGCAAGCCGGGCUGGGAUGGGCCCAAGCACGGCAUCACCAACUUCGACAACUUUGCCUUCGCCAUGCUGACCGUGUUCCAGUGCAUCACCAUGGAGGGCUGGACCGACGUCCUCUACUGGGUCAAUGAUGCCGUGGGAAGGGACUGGCCCUGGAUCUAUUUUGUCACGCUAAUCAUCGUAGGGUCAUUUUUUGUACUUAACUUGGUCCUCGGUGUCCUUAGCGGAGAGUUUUCCAAAGAGAGGGAGAAGGCCAAGGCCCGGGGCGACUUCCAGAAGCUGCGGGAGAAGCAGCAGCUGGAAGAGGACCUGAAGGGCUACCUGGACUGGAUCACGCAGGCAGAGGACAUCGACCCCGAGAACGAGGACGAGGGCUUGGACGAGGAGAAACCCCGAAACAUGAGCAUGCCCACCAGUGAGACCGAGUCUGUCAACACGGAAAACGUGGCUGGAGGCGACAUCGAGGGAGAGAGCUGCGGGGCCAGGCUGGCCCACAGGAUCUCCAAGUCGAAGUUCAGCCGCUACUGGCGCCGCUGGAAUCGGUUCUGCAGGAGGAAAUGCCGCGCGGCCGUGAAGUCGAGCGUCUUCUACUGGCUUGUCAUCUUCCUGGUUUUCCUCAACACGCUCACCAUCGCCUCUGAGCACUACAACCAGCCCCACUGGCUCACGGAAGUCCAAGACACAGCCAACAAGGCGCUGCUGGCCCUGUUCACGGCGGAGAUGCUGCUCAAGACGUACAGCCUGGGGCUGCAGGCCUACUUCGUGUCCCUGUUCAACCGCUUCGACUGCUUCAUCGUGUGUGGCGGCAUCCUGGAGACCAUCCUGGUGGAGACCAGGAUCAUGUCGCCCCUGGGCAUCUCCGUGCUGAGAUGCGUGCGCCUCCUGAGGAUAUUCAAGAUCACGAGGUACUGGAACUCGCUGAGCAACCUGGUGGCGUCCCUGCUGAACUCCGUGCGCUCCAUCGCCUCCCUGCUUCUGCUGCUGUUUCUCUUCAUCAUCAUCUUCUCCCUCCUGGGCAUGCAGCUCUUCGGGGGGAAGUUCAACUUCGAUGAGAUGCAGACCCGGAGGAGCACGUUCGAUAACUUCCCCCAGUCCCUCCUCACCGUGUUUCAGAUCCUGACCGGGGAGGACUGGAAUUCGGUGAUGUAUGAUGGGAUCAUGGCUUAUGGCGGCCCCUCUUUUCCAGGGAUGUUAGUCUGUAUUUACUUCAUCAUCCUCUUCAUCUGUGGAAAUUAUAUCCUACUGAAUGUGUUCUUGGCCAUUGCCGUGGACAACCUGGCUGACGCAGAGAGCCUCACCUCUGCCCAGAAGGAGGAGGAAGAAGAGAAGGAGAGGAAGAAGCUGGCCAGGACUGCCAGCCCAGAGAAGAGACAAGAGGUGGUGGAGAAGCCGGCCGUGGAGGAGACCAAGGAGGAGAAAAUCGAGCUGAAAUCCAUCACUGCGGAUGGAGAGUCCCCCCCUGCCACCAAGAUCAACAUGGACGACCUCCAGCCCAACGAGAAUGAGGACAAGAGUUCCUACCCCAACCUGGAAACCACAGGAGACGAGGAGGAGGAGCCUGAGAUGCCCGUGGGCCCCCGUCCCCGCCCCCUCUCUGAGCUGCACCUGAAGGAGAAGGCGGUGCCCAUGCCAGAAGCCAGCGCCUUCUUCAUCUUCAGCCCGAGCAACAGGUUCCGCCUCCAGUGCCAUCGCAUCGUCAACGACUCCAUCUUCACCAACCUGAUCCUCUUCUUCAUCCUGCUCAGCAGCAUCUCCCUGGCUGCCGAGGACCCCGUCCAGCACACCUCCUUCAGGAACCACAUUCUGUUUUAUUUUGACAUUGUUUUCACUACCAUUUUCACCAUUGAAAUUGCUCUGAAGAUCCUAGGCAACGCAGACUAUGUCUUCACUAGUAUCUUUACGUUAGAAAUUAUCCUCAAGAUGACCGCCUACGGGGCCUUCCUGCACAAGGGCUCCUUCUGCCGGAACUACUUCAACAUCCUGGACCUACUGGUGGUCAGCGUGUCCCUCAUCUCCUUCGGCAUCCAGUCCAGUGCCAUCAACGUGGUGAAGAUCUUGCGGGUCCUGAGGGUGCUGAGGCCCCUGAGGGCCAUCAACAGGGCCAAGGGGCUGAAGCACGUGGUGCAGUGCGUGUUCGUGGCCAUCCGCACCAUCGGGAACAUCGUGAUCGUCACCACGCUGCUCCAGUUCAUGUUCGCCUGCAUCGGGGUCCAGCUCUUCAAGGGCAAGCUCUACACCUGUUCGGACAGUUCCAAACAGACAGAGGCCGAGUGCAAGGGGAACUACGUCACCUACAAGGACGGGGAGGUGGAUCACCCCAUCGUCCAGCCCCGCAGCUGGGAGAACAGCAAGUUCGACUUCGACAACGUCCUGGCGGCCAUGAUGGCCCUGUUCACCGUCUCCACCUUUGAGGGGUGGCCAGAGCUGCUGUACCGCUCCAUCGACUCCCACACGGAGGACAAGGGCCCCAUUUACAACUACCGCGUGGAGAUCUCCGUCUUCUUCAUCAUUUACAUCAUCAUCAUCGCCUUCUUCAUGAUGAACAUCUUCGUGGGCUUCGUCAUCGUCACCUUCCAGGAGCAGGGGGAGCAGGAGUACAAGAACUGCGAGCUGGACAAGAACCAGCGGCAGUGCGUGGAGUACGCCCUGAAGGCCCGGCCCCUGCGGAGGUACAUCCCCAAGAACCAGCACCAGUACAAGGUGUGGUACGUGGUCAACUCCACCUACUUCGAGUACCUGAUGUUCGUCCUCAUCCUGCUGAACACCAUCUGCCUGGCCAUGCAGCACUACGGGCAGAGCUGCCUGUUCAAAAUCGCCAUGAACAUUCUCAACAUGCUGUUCACCGGCCUCUUCACGGUGGAGAUGAUCCUGAAGCUCAUCGCCUUCAAGCCCAAGGGCUACUUUAGUGACCCCUGGAAUGUCUUUGACUGCCUCAUCGUAAUUGGCAGCGUAAUUGACGUCAUUCUCAGUGAGACGAAUCACUAUUUCUGUGAUGCAUGGAACACAUUUGACGCCUUGAUUGUUGUUGGUAGCAUUGUUGACAUAGCCAUCACCGAGGUAAACCCAGCUGAACAUACCCAAUGCUCUCCCUUUAUGAACGCGGAGGAGAACUCCCGCAUCUCCAUCACCUUCUUCCGCCUCUUCCGGGUCAUGCGUCUGGUCAAGCUGCUGAGCCGUGGGGAGGGCAUCCGGACGCUGCUGUGGACGUUCAUCAAGUCCUUCCAGGCCCUGCCCUACGUCGCCCUCCUGAUCGUGAUGCUGUUCUUUAUCUACGCCGUCAUCGGGAUGCAGGUGUUCGGGAAAAUCGCCCUGAAUGACACGACAGAGAUCAACAGGAACAACAACUUCCAGACCUUCCCCCAGGCCGUGCUGCUGCUUUUCAGGUGCGCCACCGGGGAGGCGUGGCAGGACAUCAUGCUGGCCUGCAUGCCGGGCAAGAAGUGCGCCCCCGAGUCGGAGCCGGGCAGCAGCGCCGAGGGGGAGGCGCCCUGCGGCAGCAGCUUCGCUGUUUUCUACUUCAUCAGCUUCUACAUGCUCUGCGCCUUUCUGAUCAUCAACCUCUUCGUAGCUGUCAUCAUGGACAACUUCGACUACCUGACAAGGGACUGGUCCAUUCUGGGUCCCCACCACCUGGACGAAUUCAAGAGAAUCUGGGCGGAGUAUGAUCCUGAAGCCAAGGGUCGCAUCAAACACCUGGAUGUGGUGACCCUGCUCCGGAGGAUUCAGCCCCCCCUGGGCUUUGGGAAGCUGUGCCCUCACCGCGUGGCUUGCAAACGCCUGGUCUCCAUGAACAUGCCCCUGAACAGCGACGGGACGGUCAUGUUCAACGCCACCCUGUUUGCCCUGGUCCGGACGGCCCUGAGGAUCAAAACGGAAGGGAACCUGGAACAGGCCAACGAGGAGCUGCGGGCCAUCAUCAAGAAGAUCUGGAAGCGGACCAGCAUGAAGCUGCUGGACCAGGUGGUGCCGCCUGCGGGAGAUGAUGAGGUCACGGUGGGCAAGUUUUACGCUACUUUCCUGAUCCAAGAGUAUUUCCGGAAAUUCAAGAAGCGCAAAGAGCAGGGCCUGGUGGGCAAGCCCUCCCAGAGGAACGCCCUGUCCCUGCAGGCUGGUCUGCGCACCCUGCAUGACCUCGGGCCCGAGAUCCGCCGGGCCAUCUCCGGGGACCUGACCGCCGAGGAGGAGCUGGACAAGGCCAUGAAGGAGGCUGUGUCCACGGCCUCGGAAGAUGACAUCUUCAGGAGGGCCGGCGGCCUGUUCGGCAACCACGUGGGCUACUACCCCAGCGACAGCCGGAGCACCUUCCCCCAGACCUUCACCACCCAGCGCCCUCUGCACAUCAGCAAGGCGGGCACCAGCCAGGGUGGCGCGGAGUCGCCCUCCCACGAGAAGCUGGUGGACUCCACCUUCACCCCCAGCAGCUACUCGUCCAUGGGUUCCAACGCCAACAUCAACAACGCCAACAACACCGCCCUGGGCCGCUGCCCCUGCCCUGCCGGCCAGCCCGGUGCUGUCAGCGUCAGCACCGUGGAGGGCCGUGGGCCCCCCUUGUCCCCUGCUGUCCAGGUGCAGGGGGCCUCGUGGAGGCUCAGCUCCAAGAGGCGCCCCUCCCGGGACAGCCUGAUAGCCAUGGUGUGUCAGGACGAGGCCCCUCGGGAUGAGACUUGUGACCUGAGGAUGGAUGAGGACGCCGAGUACGGCAGCGAGCCCAGCCUGAUCUGCACGGAGAUGCUCUCCUACCAGGACGACGAGAAUCGGCAGCUGGCGCCCCCUGAGGAGGACAGGAGAGACAUCCAUCUCUCUCCGAAGAGGGGCUUCCUGCGCUCCGCCUCCCUAGGUCGAAGGGCCUCCUUCCACCUUGAGUGUCUGAAGCGACAGAAGAAUCCAGGGGGAGACAUCUCUCAGAAGACAGUUCUGCCCCUGCAUCUCGUUCACCAUCAGGCGCUGGCGGUGGCGGGCCUGAGCCCCCUCCUGCAGAGAAGCCAUCCCCCUGGCGCCCUCUCCCCGCCGCAUGCAACGCCCCCUGCCACGCCUGGCCCGGCCUGGCCCCUGCGGCCUGUGCCCACCUUGCGGCUGGAGGGGGCUGAGUCCAGUGACAAGCUCACCAGCAGCUUCCCAUCCGUCCACUGCGGCCCCUGGGCCGGGGAGCCCACGCCCUGUGGGGCCAGCGGCGGCAUCCGGAGGGCCCGGCCCGUGUCCCUCACUGUGCCCAGCCCGGCAGGGCCCCAGGGCCGGCCCUUCCACGGCAGCGCCAGCAGCCUGGUGGAGGCGGUCUUGAUCUCAGAAGGACUGGGGCAGUUUGCUCAGGAUCCCAGGUUCCUCGAGGCCACCACCCAGGAGCUGGCCGACGCCUGCGACAUGACCAUCGAGGAGAUGGAGAGCGCGGCCGACAACAUCCUUAGCGGGGGCGCCCGGCAGAGCCCCAACGGUACCCUGCUCCCGUGUGCAAACUGCAGGGACCCAGGGCCAGACCGAGAGGGGGGCGCGGAGGACGCGGCCUGGGCGCCCAGCCCCGAGCCCCACCAGGGCGGAGAGGAGUCCCGGGACAGCAGGGCCUUCGCCAGCAGCCUGUAGCAGCCGGGCCGGAGAUGCCGGGUUUUUAUUUGUCUCCAUGUUCCUAAUGGGUCCGUUUCAGAAGUGCCUCACUGUUCCCGUGACCUGGAGUUAACCGGAACAGCGUCUUCAUUCACUUCGUAGGGACAAGACCGAGUCGGCGGCCAGGAGAGAAGCAGCCGCGGUCCGUGUCCGGCGGGGAGCGGUGGGGGGAGGGCGCGGGCACCAGGGAGGGCCCCCCCACCCCCCGCGGCCGCCUCGGCUCCCUCAGCCCUCACCCAAAGGACCCUACGCCAAACGGGUGUCUUUCAACUCUGCUUGUCAAGAACUCGUUUUGCACAUAUUCUGUACGAGCCUCACCGUCCCCAUAGAGCCAGGGCCCUGUGCCUUCACGGAAGGAAGGAGGCCCCGGCCAGGCCCUGGGGAGGGGAGGGCGCUGCAGCUCCAAGCCAAGGCUGGCCACCGCCCCCUGCGCCACCCGUGUCUGGACCCCCUUCCCACUCGGCCACGGUCACGGCCACGCCGCACCGUUGCCGCCGGGGGAGCGGGCACGCCCGCCGGGACAAGACCGGUGGUGCUGAGCGUCUGUCCAGCGCUCUUUUGUUUGGGGAUUUGACAUUUUUCUUCACAGCAUGUUGCAGUUUUCAUUUGGGGGGUUUUGUUUUUUUAUACUUUUGUUUUCCCAGGGGGAGGGGAGGGAGAAGAGUGUUUACAAAGUUUUGCAGCCACCCACCUUACCGUUUUCACUUUUGCAAAUGUAAAUCGGGUUCAGUUUUGUUGUAUUAUUUAACGGUCGUGGUUUCCUUUUCUACGGAGGAUUCAACAGAGCUGCCGUGGGAGAGUUUUACCAGCCGUGGUGUGUGCCCAAUAGUUUGUUAUCAUUUCCUUAGGUAGUGACAAGAUUUCUUCGGUUUGGUUUCAUAAUUUAAAGGUGAUCAGCAAUGCACUUGGUAGGGUCUUGCACAAAUGUGUGUAGUAGCGCGUGCCCGAGAGAGGAAGCAGCACGGGGUCUCAGCGAGUGUGUGUGCCGUGUGUACGGUGGGGUGUGUGUGUGCGGGCGUGGGCUGAGUCUGCAGCCACGCCGCGCCCGGGCCGCCAGUCCGCCCGCAGUUCCCCUUGGGGCUUAAGGGUGGGGAGCUGUAAAUCUGGGGCUGUUUGAAAGCAAAAGCAAACCACUGUCUCUGCUUCUGAAACGGGAAUCAGUAACUGCAUUUUCUGUCCCACAAGAUAUGCAAAAACAAUGCAAUAAUAUUCAUUUUAAAAACACAGUUGUGAGUUGUGUUGGCAUUAAAACCGUGUUUAAAAAACCACACAGAAAUGUAAGGGGGAAACUCAGAAGGCGUUUUGCCUCGAUUUGUUCCGUGUAACGUUUCACUGCAUUGAUGGUGUUUCUGCUGAAGAGGCCGUUAUACUUGAAUUCAGGUCAGUCUCAGUAUUUUACAAAUAUUUUUUUAAAACUGAAUUGCAAUUGUGCCAGGCGAAUAUAAUGAAUUAAGUUUGUUUUUGGAUUCACUUCUUGUAUAUUUGCUGCAUGUAAGUAAAUCAUUUUGUAUUUGGAGUGUGACAGGCUUCACCUUUGAGCUCGUAAGUGCUUUUCUACGUGUGGCUGGGGAAAAAGGGGACAGCUUUUCUUGUCAUUUGUGUGACAAGUGCCGGCACUACCCGUGUGGGUCCCGAUGCAAGCUUGGGCAUCACUGUUUUGCAUGUCUUGUGUUCUCUUCCAUUUCCCUCAGUUUUCCCCAGACGGGGUAAUAGGUGCAUCCGUGUCUUGCUUUGAGAGACCAGGACCCGUCUUUUUCCCGCGCCACUCUGUCUGCUCUGCCCUGGUUUUCAGAGUUGGAAUUUCUCCGGGGAGAGCCCUGCACUGUGAGGGGCCGUGAGGCGCCCUAAGCCGCCUCUUUGGUCACCGGGUCCCCCCUGGGAAAGGUGGCUGACCUUACCCUUCACCACCCCCCGCCCUGGCACAAGCGUUCCUUAGGGAAGUGCCCAUUGACAGGGAGAGCGGAGGGGAGGGGUCCUCAGCCGACAGCAGGGGCCGGAGCCAGGCAGCAGGUGCAUCCUGUCCGUCCAAAGCCAAGUCCGUCCUGCUCGCUUCUCCAUCUUUCACUCAUUCUGGAACAGGAUGUCCUCCAGCCCACCCCUCGCGGUACGGCAGCCACGGAGGGACAAGGACCGGGGGCGGGCGGUGCGUGGGGAACUCGUGGUGAGGGCAGGGCCGGAGGCAUUGUGGGGGCGUCUCUCUGCCCCUGCACCCACCUGGACAUCACCCGGGUGCUACAUCCUUCAAACAGGUUCCGACAGUGACUGAUUCGGGGGAAGCAGGACCCAACUGUUCAUCCAGACCUUCCCCAUUGAGUCUCUUCCAGCCCCGGGCUUGCUCAGCCCUUCUUGGCGCUGACUUACAUGAGCAACUUAGAAGUCAAAGCCGGGCAGCGCCCACUGCUCCGUGAAGAUGAGUUUUCCUGUGGUGAACAGAUGCGCAUGCCCCCAGGUGAACACAUACAAGGGCUGCUCCCUAUUCCUCCAAGCCCAGCCCUUCCAGUCUCUGGGCUCCUUCUUGGUGCCAUCGAGGUCUUGUAGGAGUUACAUUCAGGUCCCUUGUCCCGUUUCCCUUCUGCCGCGGCUGCUAGGGUCUUAGUUCUGAUGGAGAGCGGAGCCCUUUGAGGUUGAUCCCCAGCUCUUGCUGUGCAUUUGGCCCCUGGAUAGAGCCGUGGACUCUUAGCUGACCUCACACACGCCGGCACACACUCGGCCUUCUCGUGCUGUCUUCUGUUUUCCUUCUGGGCUUUUCGUCUGUGUCACCGAAUCUCAGCGACCGGCUUGUGCUGGGCUUAUGCCAGCUACUCCCAGGGCUCCACCAAGCGCAUCCCCCCCCAUCACCGCGCGCACUGCAGGCGUGCUCCUCCUUUGCCGUCAGCUCUGUCUCUGUCGGGAAGACCCAUCGAGUGGGGGGGGGGGGGGCUUCCCGGGCCAGAGCUCAGGACCAGAGAGGGUGGGACGGACACGCGGCACCCGUCCUCCCAAGCCUCAUCUGUGGCGCGGCCUCCACCUCUGCAUCCAAAACAGAAUCUUCCCAUGACCCUGGAAAGCAGAACUGUUGUGUCUUCUGAAGCCCUUGAGCAGCAGGAGAAAAGCCAUGAUGGCCAAGGACCUGAGGCACUUGAGGAGGUUAGGCUCAGGGCUUGGUGAAGCUGGUCUGUGUGGAGUUUAGUCUCAGGGCUUGGUGAAGCUGGUCUGUGUGGAGUUUAGGCUCAGGGCUUGGUGAAGCUGGUCUGUGUUUGGCCCCCGACGGACCAGCCUCUUGUUUCCAGCUCAAUCUUACAGUUACUCACGUGCUUGACUUGAUUCCCAGCUGUUUCCUUUCCACCCCCCUCCUAGAAGGUUCUACUGGGUCUUGGGUUAAGAUGCAGGCAUUUCCCCCAGAUUUUGGCUUGAUCCGUGAAUUUUUCUCUGCUUUGCUUCAGAAGCUCUUCGUCCAGUCUCUUCCCUCAUCUUCUCAGUCUGACUGGGACCCAAGGGUCUGCCUUACCCGUCUUUAUCCUCCUCCACGCCGCGGCUUCCGAGCUGCGGGGCCUCGUCCUGAGCUGUCCGUCACUUCCUGCCGGCCGUCCUCCCGCCACACCGUCUCCCCAUCAGUUAGCUGAGGGCACCACACCCUCCAAGGCCAAUGUAAUGUCUUUCUGAGGAAGAAGAGCCCCUGAAAGGGAGGAGCUUGGAGGUCAUCGAGGGGGUGAGGGCUGCUUUCCAGGGGCCAGUUGAGAGUAUGUGUCCCCCACCCCAUAGGCCAAGCAACAGAGCGGAACUUAGACCAGCACAGGGAGGAGGCCGCGUGGUUGAGGCCUGCAGCCUCGUCAGACCAUCGUCACAGGCAUUGCUAGGCACGGGGGUGGCAGCUCCGCACCCAGCGAGACCUGGAAGGACGGGCGUGUCGCUGUCCAAGAGGCCAAGGGCCGGGCGACCUGGUGUCGACCCUCUAAGCCGCUGGUCAGUCGAACCAGAGCCCAGGCCAGGUCUGUUUUUUUAAAGACCAGGCUCUGGUCUGCGGAAAGUACCAGUACUGAACCGAAGGGAAACUGGGGCAAAAAGGGGCAUGUUUUGACCCCCUGUGUCUGCUCCCGUUUUGCGGAAGGAAGUGUCCGGUGUGACUGCCCACCGUGGCCGGGACAGCGGAGGGGCGGAGGCCUCAAGAUCGACCGUAGAAGAAGAGAAAAAUAAAAGUGCUCUGGUGCUGUUUUCCCAGCCAAACCGUUGUCUCUGGCUGGUAGGGGUGUCUGCCACCCUGUCCCCCUCUCUGCGGACACUCCUCCCGCGUGUGGGCCACGGGCUCCAGUGGGACGACAGGCGAGCUGGGGGGAUACCCCGAGGUAACCACAGGAAGCCAGCGCCCAGCUCUCCUGGCAGCUGCGCCCGCAUCAGGGUGGGCCUCCCCCCCUUUCCCCAGCCCCCGUUUUCCCUCUUCCCCCGGUUCAGUGAGAGGGGGCCUGUGAGCAGAUUCUAACAUAGUUUCUUUGUGAAGCCAUUUCUGGUUUUAACUUUAUUUAUUUAUUUAUUUUUGUUUCCAACGAGACCCUGCUUUGUGAGGCCAGGCAGCAAACCAUCAGGUAAAUGCGUUUCUGCCAGGGUUCCGCAUCGCUGGGGAGAGACCGGCACCCCACACGUGCGCACGCCGACACAUGCUCUUGCACACGCGCACGCACCCUGACGGGGCAGGCGCUGGCCCUCGGGCUGGGACCAGGACGCCCGGCUUUGUCCUCCUCUCAGAAGGCUGCGUGCUGACUGGAGAGAGAAGCAGCGGUGCUCCCCCGGGUGGAAGUGUGCCGUCCGGACUGAAUUCUACCAUGAACUAAGUAUCAUUUCUCUUCAUGGAGAAAAUACCACCGCUCUUAAAGUCAAGAUGUUUUCUUGCCAUGAUUUUAGGAGGUUUGGUCCACAGCAGGCGGGUGGCGAAGGCCCUGAGGCUCCCUGGUGUCUUAGAACAGCCUCCUUGUGGGCUCUCUGAAGGGGAACUGGCGAUGCAGUGGAAUACAUGGAAUAUACCGUUAGGCUGAGUUGGGCAAAUCGCUGAACCCUGAGAGCAGUCGGAGGUGGGACCAUCCGUGGACAUUCCCUUUCUCCCCUAAAUCAGGGACGCCCAGAUGGGGACUAGAGGGCGGAACAAGGGUUUGGAUGUCACAUCAGCCGAGCCCACAGCCUCCUGUGGGUUGGGGCUGCCUUGCUGCAGGCGCCUCCCCUUUUGUGGGGCAUCCAGGCACCCAGGUUUCAGAACAAGUAGUGUGACUUGGAUGCGGCUCCUGGAAAGGUAGUGUGACAGUCCACAUGAAUCAGACAUUUACAACAAUUCACCACCUGGGAGGACUCGUGAGUGAGAAAAUGUUUCACCGAGCUCACAUCUGAGCCGCUCUGGGGUCAGAGGCUGCCUGUUUCAGGGGAGGGCCAUGUCUGUAGGAGACGCGGAGGUGGGCACAGUGCUUCCUAGUCACGGUGCGGCCCGGAGGCUCCCGCCCCGCCAUCCUUGGUGCCCCUGGGUUUGUGGGCCGGCGCGAGGGAGAAGGGGGCCCGGCCUCGGUCGCCACCCGCUGCCCUGGCUCCUGAGGGCGUGGCCUGCGGGGCCCCAAAGCCCAGAGCAGGGGGCAGGGGAGGACCUGUCCCUAGACGGGUCACUGGGUUCCAAGCCCCCCUCCCCCAAGAUGUCCCACCGUGGAGACACCAUGCUGAGGCUUGAAAGGGAAAAACAGAACUUGGGACUCAAGGGUAGACGGUUUUUAAAGAAACAAUCCAGCACCAAGGUCUCCUUCAGAAGGCGGUCCUGGAGACCCCGAUGCCGAGGCCCCUUACUGCCUGCACGUCAAGGGCAUCCCACCCACCCUCCGAGUCUGGCCUUGACCUCCCUGCCUGCUCCCCUCCACUGUUCUUCCAGAGCCUUGAGGGAAUAAGGUCUGGCUCUGGAGGCUGGGAUGUCCAAGGCACAAGCAGGUCUGGACUAGUCUGUGAUGUAGCAGCAAGAACCACCGUGGAAAACACACGUCCACUAAGAAUAAGGGUGACGGGCCCCCCAUUGGUUGGUGAAGCUCCAGAGUGUCUAUCGCUGUCACAAUUUCCCUGUUUUAUUUUGACGCCCCUGAGCUACCAAGACAAGGUCCUCCGUGCGGGAGGUACGGACGCAGCCCCUCCACCCGCCUCGCCUCUCGUCCCGGCUCGGACCCCCUUCAUCCUCCGACCCACCGAAUCAUGCUCGUUCUCAGAGGUCGGGGCCCCCACCGCCAUCGCCCCUGCACCCAUCCCUUCCCCACCCCCUGCGUCCCGUACACCUCCCUCCGGGCCCUGCGGCUUCACAGCCUCAUGUUGUAAAUACUGUUGUACAGUUUGUAAUCAUCAAAUCACCCCGAGUCAGCGGCCUCGCCUGGGUCCCUUCUCACCUCGAGAAAGACCAGGGAAUCGAGAAGAGCUUCAGGGCCAUCUCUGUGUGAGACGCUGUGUAUAUUCCUGUAAGAUUGCAUUUUUAUCUAAGGAAUGAUGUUAUUUAAAAAACAAACCAAAAAAAAACAAAAAACAAGAAUUGCAAAUAAAUUUCUUAACAAUGUCUACGUUGGUUCGGUCGGGUCACCCCUCUCGCCUUCUCGUCCCAUUUCCUAGACUCACAGAAACGCCUUUAACUCUCAGACGACACUCUCAUCCCCCAAAGGGGAGGACGGCCAGGGGAACGCGGGGAACC